AUAUGACCGGGAACUAGUAGGUGCACGGUGUUUUGGGUAUUGGCUAGACGUUUAGGCUACUUGUGAACGUCCUAGAGCUAGCUAGUUAGCUAAACUGCUAGCUUGACUCAAUUGUUUUCAUAACUUAUCUAUCUUUAUUAAUAUUACACAAUGGUUUCUGUAAAGAGAGAACGAGAAGCUGACUUUGAAGACGACGAUGACGACGAUGUGCCAUCCAAACUUGGCCGCUCUCAUGACUCAGAAGACCGAAGAAGCCGCCACUGUCCAUACCUUGACACAAUAAACAGGAGCGUGUUGGACUUUGACUUUGAAAAGUUGUGCUCCAUCUCACUUUCCCACAUCAACGUGUAUGCUUGCCUCAUCUGUGGUAAAUACUUCCAAGGGAGAGGUUUGAAGUCUCACGCUUACACGCACAGUGUGCAGUUCACGCACCACGUUUUCCUAAACCUCCACACACUGAAGUUCUACUGCCUGCCUGAUAACUACGAAAUCAUCGACUCGUCGUUGGAAGACAUUACGUAUGUGCUGAAGCCCACUUUCACCAAACUACACAUCUCUGGAUUGGACAAGCAGGGCAAGCUGUACAGAGCCUAUGACGGCACAACCUACCUGCCUGGCAUCGUAGGGCUCAACAACAUCAAAGCCAAUGACUAUGCCAAUGUGGUGCUGCAGGCCCUGUCCAACGUGCCGCCGCUACGUAACUACUUCCUAGAAGAGGAGAACUACCGCGAUAUCCGCCGGCCGCCCGGUGACAUCAUGUUCCUGCUGGUGCAGCGGUUCGGGGAGUUGAUGCGCAAGCUGUGGAACCCCCGGAACUUCAAGGCCCACGUGUCGCCCCACGAGAUGCUGCAGGCCGUGGUGCUCUGCAGCAAAAAGAACUUCCAGAUCACCAAGCAAGGAGAUUCGGUGGACUUCCUGUCCUGGUUCCUGAACGCUCUUCACGGAGCUCUGGGAGGGACCAAGAAGAAGCCCUCGAGCAUCACCAAAGUGUUUCAAGGCUCCAUGCGAAUAUUCUCCAAGAAGCUUCCCCACCCUGAUUUGCCGCCCGAGGAGAAGGAAGCCCUCCUGCUGAAGGAGGAGUACCAAGAGGAGAUGUCCGAGUCCACCUUCCUGUACCUCACCCUUGACCUGCCCACGGCCCCCCUCUACAAGGAUGAGAAGGAGCAGCUCAUCAUCCCUCAGGUCCCUCUCUUCAACAUCCUGGGCAAGUUCAACGGCAACACGGAGAAGGAGUAUAAAACAUACAAGGAAAAUUUCCUCAAAAAAUUCCAACUGACCAAACUGCCUCCCUACCUCAUCUUCUGCAUCAAGAGAUUCACCAAGAACAACUUCUUUGUGGAGAAGAACCCCACCAUCGUCAACUUCCCCAUCACCAACGUGGAUCUUCGUGAGUACCUGACUGAAGAGGCCCAGGUGACAGAGAAGCACACCACCUACGACCUGGUGGCCAACGUGGUGCAUGAUGGGAAGCCGACCGAGGGAGCCUACAGAAUACAUGUCCUGCAUCACGGAACUGGGAAGUGGUACGAGAUGCAGGAUCUGCAGGUGACAGACAUCCUGCCUCAGAUGAUCACCUUGUCAGAGGCCUACAUUCAGAUCUGGAAGCGAAGGGAGAGUGAAGAUGACACAACUAACCACACGGGGGCGUGAUGAUCGAGGGUGAAGAGCUGGAAGGAGGGGAAGGUAGACUCGUUGUAGAUUAACUCACAAGAAGACUGUCCCAAGACAACCACAACAUUUUAUUUGUGAUUCCAAGAAACAUGUAAACAUGUAUUUUUUUUCCUUUUUGGAUUUGAUUGUCACUCUACUUUUUAAAUGUAACUUGAAAUGGUCAAAUAAACCUGCUUUAAAAGUAUA